CGUCACGCGUCCGUUUGAAAGUGUCAGUUUGUUUUGAAUUGAAAUUGAACAUAAAAAUUAUUUUACUUUUAAAACUAGUGAUAAUAUAAGAAAACAGAAAUAAUGGAGACUUCCGACAUUGAUAACGAUCCUCAAAGAAUAUUAAAAUCACCGCCACCGCGGCGUCGUUCCACAUUCUUCGAAAGGCGCGACUCUAUAGGUGCGUCUCUUACUAAACUGUCCCAACCCUUAUCAGAAAAUGUACAGGAUGAGGCCAAAAACGACCUAGAAGAGGGAAAUAAAUGUAAUCAAGAACUUGAAAGAUAUUAUGAACUCUUAAAGGGAGAAAAAGAACAAUGGCAAAAAGAGGUAAACCGCAGGAGGAAUGAAUAUCAUGAUCUUAGACUACAAUAUCAAAUAGCAGCAAAAGGCUCGAGCAGAGCAAGGUUAAAUUACUCAGUAUUAAACAGUGAGGAUAUGGAAUUUCUAAAAGCCAAAGUAAAUAUAUCAAAACUAGUGGAGAGCCAGCAAAAGUUGCAGAAAUCAGUCAAACUAACUCAAGCAUUAUACAGAAGAGCAUUAGAACUGGAUGAUGUUGUAUUGCGGACUUGUGAAGACAAAGUAAAACAAAUAACAGAUUAUAUUCUGGAUAAUAGUACUAUUGACUCUGUAUAGUGAGUGUGUGUGCAUCAUUGUAGCACUAUUUAUGUAUGAAAUUGAUGCUGUAAAAUUCAUAGUGCUAGAGUAAUCAAUUCCUGAACAUAUACAUGUAUACUAAACUUUAAGAUAUUAUCAUGUCUUCAAUACAUAUAGAUAUUGUAGAAAGGGAAAUAAGCUUAUUGUAAUUGUAUAUUUAAAUUAACAAUUAAAGAUAAACUGUUUGUUUUGUGUGGUUGUAAAUAAAUAUAUUUUGUGUUACACUAUAGAAGCAAAAUCUUACAAAAGCAAGGAUUAUUAUUGCCAUAUGAAGUAACUUUGUGUUCAAAUUAAUGGAGGAGUGAAUGUAAAUAAUUUAAUGUACAAAAUAAGGUGUAAAUAGAUCUUAACAUAUAAAUAAACUAACAUUAUUUUUAA